AUGUCAGAUAAAAUUGCUCUGUUUAUUCUACUUGCUCUUGCAACUGUUUACGUACAAAGCUACACUGACGAUUUUCGCUGUGAUUAUCCUAUCCCUCUUGUAGCCCAUGUGGCCUUUCAAAACAGAGGGAAAACUGGACUAACAUUAAAAGGCACCACUGCCAGAAUGUCUCUCACUCUCGGACAAACCGCAUGUUUUAGCUUAUCAAUUCGCAAUUCAUCCGAUCAAUCUAGUUUACUUGAAGCAGAAUUCCGGAAAAGAAUUUUGUACGCUUUCCGUCUAGAAGAAGUAAGAAACGAAUACCCCGUACAAAACAGUUAUACUUUCACUCAGGCAGAUCUGAAAGUAUCUUGUCUAUGUGACUGUCCAGGUGGAGCUGACAGAUGUGCCCCUGAAUAUGAGAAUUCCGACUGUGAUAACUCGGAAGAUUCAGCUGCUUGCUACACUUUUUAUCAGAGAACCUCUUCCGCUGGUUGUUUUUUGAGCAUAUUUGACUCUACUGCUGAAAUAUGCUGUAAAGCCUGGAUAAUGCCACAUAUGGAAAAUGGGAUAUACGUAGCCCUUCAACUCGGCACACCAAGCACAAAGCUACGAGUAAGAAAAAUGGCAUUAAACGAGAAAGGAGAACCUGUGGGACCAUCAGAUGUACUUGAAACCGAUAGUAAAGAAGGACGAUUUUCUUCAGAUUCAUUUGAAGUAGAACUUACAAGUACGGUUCAAAAAGAAUUUUUAAGACCAGGUAUGUAUUUUGUGAACUCGGCUGGAGAUCUGUAUCAGCCCUCCCAUGUUUCUUUGAACUAUCCUGGGACAUACGAAAUGGAGCGACUGGGUUGGCUGAAACAUCAGAAUAAAUGGUACAUCCCCGCUAAAAGUACAGUGAAAGCAAAAUUGGAAAUAAGGACUCAGAGUUGUGCUGAAGAAAAUUUCGACAUGGUCCAUUCUUACACCACUGAUAAACCAGAGGAUGUAUCGUCUCGUGUGAUAGACUUGUACUCAGGUAAAAUACAGAAGAUGUUCUAUAACAGGAAGGAACGACGUGUAGAAGAGAUAUUAUCAGCUGUACAUCGUAUGGAUUUCCUUUUUCAUAUUCAGGAGGAUGUCGAUGUCUUGUUUCAUUAUCAACCGUCGACCCUGUACGAUUUCAAUGCUGAAAUCUUAUUGGAUAGAUACUCGAAUGAAUUCUUGAAUAUCACUCUGAAGGGAGUAUCUGGAACUGUACUCGGUUGGGUGAGACAUGAGAGUCAAAAGUUUGCUUUUUCAAUCAUUAGUAAAUCCUUGGAACCAACUAUGACAACAGUUUACAAACCAACCAGUUUUUGUGCAAACAACACCCAAAUUUGUCUACGACCAGUUUCCACAAAACAACCUAUCUGCAAAAUCAUUUCGUGCAGGAAAGAAUCGCUAGAGGGAGUAAUUAGGGAAGAUGGAACAUUCAUAGAGGUUGGAGAGUUAGAAGAAGAAGCCUGGAGUGAAAAAGUAUUCAGUGUUUUGUGGGAUCUUCUAAAUCCAAAAAAUUGGUUUGAAAGUUGGACUGGGUUAGCCGCAGUUGUGUUCUAUGCUAUUAUAGCAAUUUUCACACUAAUGGUCGUCACUCAGCUGUGUGUUUGUGUGAACUCCGUGGCGAAGUUGAGUAGAAACUGCACAAGACAAACUAAUGAUGAAACUAUUACUAGACAUGUGACAUCCUGUAAGUGUGAUCAGAGUAAGUCAUUGCAGGAUAGUACUGUAAUCUGA